GUCACUUUCGUCUGGAUAGGCGCUUCAAUCGCAGCGCAUAUCGAACUUGACUUCGUUUUCGUGUGUGUGUGCCGUGUGUACUCUCUGCACGAUGAGCAAGUUCAUUUUGAUUAGGUGGGUCCUCGACAACGCGCUGGAUGUCUGCCCGCUCUCGGCCUUGGAAAGCAAGGAGAUCCGUGAACGUCUCACGAACGACGCGGACGCCAUCGGACCUUUGCGCGGGUCCCGCGUGGAUGUCAACAGAUGGGAAGAGCCCGAGGAGGCGAUUAUCAUCGACGCCGGGUUGAAAGAGAUGAUGAGGAAGAGAAGGCAGUGGCUUGCAUCGGAAGCCGCUUCGGAAUCCCAAGCCAACCCGCAAAAUAGCCAGCUGGAGGAGGAAAAUGCGGCCUUGCGGGCACAGCUCGUGGUAUUGCAGGCGGAGGUCCUGGCCGAGCGGCAGCUGACAAGGAGGCUGCUAGGAGCUCUCCUGGACAAGAUCGACCUGCUGGUUGCCCACCCAGCCGUGCUGUCUGGAGUGGAGAUUAUUCCCCAGGCUUCCUCUUCCUCGUUUGUUGAGGCUAGUGACUCUGCCAGCCCAACACCAUCAGUAUUGGUACCACCACACCUCGCACAGCCAGUCCUGCCACGGCCACUCCUGUCGCAGCCAGUUCUGCCGCAGCUAGUCCCCCCACAACCAGCUUCGGCACAACAAGAACCAGUACCGCAAGCCCUGGCACCGCCAGUCCCGGCUCCACAAGCCCCAGCACCACCGUUUCUGGAACCGCCAGUUUUGGCACCACCCCAAAUUGAAGUACAAGAGCAAGUGCCAGCUGCACUGCCAGCCCAGGAAGAGCCUGUAGAGCUUCCUGGCAAUGCUGCUGAAGUUCAGCCAUUUCUUGAGCCCGGUGACAUGGAAGCGUUGAUGGAUGCAAGCACAGACUCCAUCUUUGUUCGGGACAUCAGCAGAAAGCUAUGGCCGGAUGACCUGAGGAACAGAAGCCUCACAGGAACCCCCUGCCGUCGUUUUUUGAAAAGUGGCGCAUUGGGAAGGCGAGCCCUGAGUCCUCAAAAACUCAAAUAUGUUCGCUGUGCCCUUGCGACGUACAUCAAGAAGAACCCGUCACCAGUUGUGUCGGCCGCCCUGAGGCUUCGUCAGCUCAACACACACAUGCGGAGGUUGCUGGGAGACGAGAACAGAAAGCGCCACUGAGCAGCAGCAGCAGAUUCUAUACUCCAUGUCACUAGUUGCGUGCAGUACAGGCGAAGGCAACGCCAAGCGAGGGGAGAAAGGGCAAGCACUAGGAAGCUGGCUAGGAGGAGAGAAUACUCUUCUCUAACAUGCCUAGUGCUGUCCCUUUGUCCCCUCAUCCUCCGUCGCCCUCCUCUCCGGUCCCACCUUCCUAGUGUUCAGCCUUUCUCUCUUCUGGCGUUGCCUUCGCACCUGCACUGCAUACAACUAGUGACACAGGGUAUAGCUGCACUUUUAAGUGGGGAUGGUAGGGUAAACAAGUCAUCUUCGUUUUAAUUUUGUAUCUCAAGGACUACUGCAUGUUUUAUUGCGAAAUUUUAUCUAGUGAAUGGAUACACUUUUGGGAUUAACUUUCUGUUACUUUUUUACGAAAGAGUUUUUUUAUAUUUUUAGUAACGAAGUGUCACAUCUUAAGCUGAGUUCCAGUUUUUAUUGUACCUUUUAAAAAAAAAUAAAAAAAUAGGAUGCUCAUUUAAUUUGGCAUAUAUCUUCUGCAUGUUACUGGCUCUGAACUGAACCGAAAAGAAAAUUAAUUUGAACAUGUAGCAUGCAAGAAAGAAAUAUUGUUCUUUCUAGUCAUAAGCCCAGUGAUGCAAGUGCUGCGCCAUUUGUGCCAAAUUGCGCCACGAACGAAAGUCAGCUAUAUCUCGUGCCAAAGCGUCAUUUUCGCUCAAAAUUGCUUCAUAACUGCGCCAGGAUGGGCUUAAAGCAAAAUAUUAAAGUAAUUUAAUAUUGGUCAGACCUAAUAUUUAAAAAAGUAGACGAAAAAAAGGAAAAAAAUGGUAAGAAUAUAUUUCACGGUGGUCUGAGCACAAUCGAAAGCUUGAAUGCAUACAAGCUCGAACACACAUGUGCGAGUUACGGGGCAUUCACUGCACCCGAUUGGUUUAGCCAAUGAAAAAACUCGUACAGGGAGAUGAAUGCCAUGAUGUCGUGCCUUUAUGCCGUUUGAUUGGUCCCAUUGGCUCGUAGAGUUGGCUGUAGUGUCGACAUCAGGUGAAACAAAGUAUAGGGAUUGUUCGUCAAUCACUCUGGCUGGUUGAUGCGCUGGCCAGUUGAUAGUCGACAUU